AUGUCUCUACAGUUGAAUUCAUCCUACAGUGCGAUUAUACCUUCCAAAACUUAUGUUUUUAACAAUGAUUGCAUUUUGACGGUAAAUGAAAAAUCAAAUAUUCAGGAAAAUUGGUCGAAAAAAGUUGAUAUCCGCGUAGAUGAUUAUUAUGUUGAUGAUGAGCACACAAAAAGUCCAGACUUUUCGAAUAACAUUCGUUUUCCCAAUAAAGUAGAGACGACUGCAACACUACAUGAGAAGAAAGGAAAUUUGGAAGUAUCUGACGCUCCAUGUAUUGCUACCAGCAGCAAGUUAGACGACAUAGACGAUAUGGUUGUCAGUAAUAUUACAGUACAAUCUGAUCAAGACGACAUAAAGGUCUUGGAAAAUGCGGACAUAUGUCCAAACCAACACGGAAAACAAAAUCAAGAUGAAAAACAAGACCUUUAUGACUUGUAUUAUAAGGAAGUUGAAGAUAUGUUGUCCGAGCUAAACGACGGGACGGAAGAUGACUGCUCAAACACAGAUGGUUUGUUUUGUGGAAGCUAUGAGAUAGCCACCGCUUAUUGCAACGAAGGUAACAAAGGUAAUGAGACAAUAGACAAAAUAAAUAGCAGCGAGCCAAUCUGUGUAAUAGAUUCAGCGAAACAAAGAAUCGCUGAAAGGUAUAAGUUGUUAAAACCGGCUGAGAGGUCAAACAUCGAAGAAGGCAUGUUUCAUGAAAACAAUGACUCAUUUUCAGAAAAUACCGAAAAGAAACAAGAAAGUUUCAUUUGUACGUUGUGUGGCAAAACUCAAUAUCGUUUGGAGGUGCAUUUCCAAACACAUACUGGUGAAAAACCAUUAAAGUGUAGCCAUUGUGACAAUACCUUUGAACAGCGCACAGAACUGUAUCACCACGUCCGAAUACACACCAGGGGAAAAUCAUUCAAGUGUUCUUAUUGUGACAAAGCAUUCGCUCAUAAAUGGGAUUUGAGAAGCCAUAUCCGAAUACACACCGGGGAAAAGCCAUUCAAGUGUUCUUACUGUGACAAAGCAUUUUCACAAAACUCAAAUAUGUACAGUCAUAUCCGAAUACACGCCGGGGAAAAAUCAAUUAAGUGUUCUCAUUGCAGCAAAUCAUUCGCAAAUAAAUGGACUUUAAAAAGGCAUGUCCAAAUACACACCGGGGAAAAACCAUUCAAGUGUUCUUAUUGUGACAAAGCAUUUACACAGAAAUGGGAUUUGAGAAGCCAUAUCCGAAUACACACCGGGGAAAAACCAUUUAAGUGUUCUUGUGGCAAAGCAUUUGCACAGAACUCAAAUAUGCAGCAACACCUCCGAACACACACCGGGCAGAAACCAUAAAAGUGUUCUCAUUGUGGCAAAGCAUUUGCACAGAACUCACAUGUGCAACAACAUCUCCCAAUACACACAGGGGAAAAACCAUUCAAAUGUUCUUAUUGUGACAAAGCAAUUUUACGUAAAUCGGAUUUGAAAAAGCAUGUCCAAAUAGACACCAGAGAGAAACUAUUGAAGUGUUCUUAUUGUGGCAAAGCAUUUGCACAGAACUCAAACAUGCACACACAUCUACGGAAACACACCAGGGAGAAGUGUUCUAAUUGUGGUGAAUGACACAUAAAACGGCAUGCCCGAACCCACACCAGGGAAAAACCAUUCAAA